AUGAAGCUCGUCAGGUUUUUGAUGAAGUUGUCUAAUGAGACGGUCACCAUCGAGCUCAAGAACGGAACGAUUGUCCACGGAACCAUUACUGGUGCGACUGCGCUGUAUAGGUGCUUUCGCUCUGCAUUGGCGUCAGUAUGGACUGAUUUGAAUGUCGUUCCUGUGUAUUUGCUGCCCACAGGCGUGGACAUCAGCAUGAACACACACCUGAAGGCGGUCAAGAUGACUGUGAAGGGCAAGAACCCCGUGAAUUUGGACUCGCUGAGCAUCCGUGGCAACAACAUCCGCUACUAUAUAUUGCCGGACUCGCUGAACCUGGACACGCUGCUGAUCGACGACACCCCGCGCGAGAAGGCGCAUGCGAGUUGGCUCAUGCGUGUGUCAUCCCCAGGGUGCAUGUGGACGAUCGAACGCCAUGCCGGUGCCUACCAGCCAGGCAAUGCAACUUGCUCGUACCUAAGUGAAUUUGCAGCAGCCGAGAUGCCGCAGCAGAACAAGCGCAAGGCCGAGGAGGACGCCGCCGCCGACGCGGACGCGGACGCCAGCAACUUCCUGGAGGACGCGCAGCGCUCCGUGGACUUCCUCUUCUCGUCGGUGGUCGUGCUGCCGGGAGACGACGUCACUGCCACGCUCACCAAGACCACGCGUCGUGUCAAACUCGGUGCUGGACUGAAGCAGCUGCCGGACGAGCGGAUCGUGUGCACGAACGCCGGCGUCCUCCGCUACCGCCCAGCCAACCGCUACUGGGUCGAGUUCAACCACAAGCGUUAUGUUGCGUCGAUGGACGACGGCGUCAUCGGCGUCGUGACCGACCGCAACGCUGAGUUCUACCGCGUGAACAUCGGGGCUGCUGCUAGUGCUACCUUGGGCGCCCUGGCGUUCGACGGCGCGACGAAGCGCAACCGCCCCAGUCUUCGCCUCGGAUCUCUCGUGUAUGCUCGCGUGAGCAAGACCAAUCCAGACGUCGAGCCUGAAAUUACCUGUGAAGCGCCCCCAAGCGUGACCAGGAAAGACUGGAUGACCGGCCUCGCCAUUUACGGCGAGCUAAACGAUGGCUACGUGUUCAAAACGUCCAUCGGUCUAGCCAAGUCGCUUCUACACGAAGAUUGCCAGGUGCUAGCGUCUCUGGGCAAGAAGCUCGCGUUCGAGGUGGCUGUCGGCGUGAAUGGCGUCGUGUGGGUGAACGCGAAGACCACGAAGAACAUCACGAUCAUCUCGAAUGCCAUCAUGAACUCGGAGACGAUGUCUCCCAGCGAGGUCGACGCUAUGGUGUCGCGCCUCGUGGAAGACGCGGACGACGCGUAA